UUAUACAGAUUCAUUUUAAUUUAAUAUUUUAAUUAUCGGUCUUGCCGAUUGACCGUGUAUGCACAACAACAGCUGUCGUGACAUAACCUGCAUUUGAUACCAAAAUAUCCAAAAUGCUGCGCCGAGUAUUGCCGACGUUGCGCCUGACUUUGCAGCUGUCGAAGCCAACGGUCACAGCAAUCAGAUUAAACAGUGGCAGCGUCUAUGAGCCGGAUUACCUCGAGUCGCUCAAGCCGAAAUUCCCGCAAUAUGAGAGCUUGAAUGUACAGUUGAAGGGCUACGAUUAUCCGCUGCUGGAGAGCUACCAACGCUUCCUGCACAGUGUGGCCGAGUAUCUCGACCUGGAUGUCUCCGAUUGUUAUGCCCUGCCGCCACAACAGACGCAAGUGCAACGAUUGCGUCCCAACUCGACAGUCGUCGAGGCCGACUACAAGUUGACCACAUAUGAGCGCAAUCUGCAGCUGAAUAACGUGGAUGCACCCACGUAUCCGCACUUCCUGCGGAUUGCACAGGCCGCACUGCCGGAAGGUGUACACCUUAAGGUGGCCCAGCACACGGAUGAGUGCGAUGAGCGGCGUUAUGUGCCCGACAAGGAUCUGCUUGAUCUGAAGGCGGAACUGGAACGCAUGGGCGGUGCCACUCCGGCGAAAAGGAAAUAACCGAGCAUUUGUCAUUUGGCAUAUUGGCAAAUAUUAAUCGCUAGUUUUAAUUGAUUACAUCUGUAUAAAAUAGAUAGAGAGAAAGAGAAAGUAUCUAAAAACGU